AUGGACGACCACCCAUACACGACUCCAGACGAAGACCCUUUUCACGUUCAGCCACCAGCACGACUUGUCUUCCACAAACGCUCCAGCCUCAUCGACAAAUGGAUCCACGACCAACAGCAAGAACUUGAAACCGACACUUCAGAACUCAUGCUGCCCCCGCCGAAAAUACACGACGAGGAAGAGCCUCGCUGUGGGACGCCAACGCAUCCCUUUUUGGCGUACCCCGACAUCGGGCGCCUGUCGCUGGACCAACUGGGAAAACGGCAGGACGACGCGUCGACGCUGUACAGCUAUGACCUCGUUGAUGACGACGACAUCCCAGAGGUUCCUGCGACGCCAAUCAACAAAAGUCCCAAGACCCUCCUUACCUCCUCCACCUUCCGUAAUCUUAACCUUUCAUUUCGCGCUACUGCGAAUGCUAACUCCACCGGGACAACAUCCACCACCGAUGACCAUUCCAGCCCUUCUCCAAGGUCACAGGCUCGCAUGUCCAUCUUUUCUCGCUCUUCUCGCCACACCUCUGCUACAGCACACACCCGCUCAGCCAGCCUCUCCACUGUAAACACAACAAUGCUCAACAACUCUCCGACCGUCAAGGGCCAGUCCGCAUCCACCUCAAAGUGGCGCCCAAGCGUACUGGGUUACUUUCCUCAAUCACCGUCUACCCCAACGAUACCCUUUGAUCCAACCUAUACCCCUCCCCGCCCCAGUCUGUCCUCCGGGGAUACCUACACCUCCUCCAAUAGCGCUUCUCAGACAGCAACUACCCUCGAAAGCGAUCUGCCGACAACCCCGUCCCGGCCCUCCUUUUUCGAGUCGAUACGCUCCAAGAACCGCUCCAGUCUGAGCAUAUUCAGAGCCCAGAGCGGCCAUGCAUCCUCGAGCUCAAUUUGGUCACAACCCUAUCGCGCCCCGUUCGACGACCAAGAGGCCCCUCUCGAAAUCCCUCCUAUCGGCAGUGGUGCGGACUCUUGUCGUGUUUCCACCUCCGAGGACGCCAAUUCAACUCUCCCUCGCCGGGUACCCUUUGCGAUGAAAUCGGUGAAUCAAUACGAUAACCUCCUCGAUGACGAGGAUGACCUUGCCCAUUACGUCCCUCCACCGUCCAAACGCGAAUCAACUUCCACUAGGAGUUCAAUUAGCUUCACCGCUCCGAACAACACCUUUUCACGCGUCGGAUUCGGCUCCCUCAACACGCGUGGAAAUCAGAAGAAGAAGAAGAAACUCGUCAUUAGUGGAGUUGGCGUCCACGAAACGCGUAAAUUCGAGGGUGUAAGGCGGUGGUGCGAGAGCUUUGGAGAAAUCCGACAAGUUACUCGGGCACCCAACGGCGACCUCCACAUUGAGUUUCGCAAGGCAGAUGUCGCUGAUACUGUUUGUCGCGUGCGAGCGAAGGUCUUUAUCGCCGGCGUUGGCAGCGUCUACCUGUCAUGGAUCACGGGUGACAAACGUUGA